AUGGUGGCCAUUCGCUCUCUGCCGUUUCUGGCGCUGGCAGCUUAUGUCAGCGCCCAGUCUAUUGACACCCUUGACCCCUGCGGUAGGGAGUGCUACCAGAACGCCGUGGCCCAGUGGGGUCAUUUUGGCUGCACCUCAGCCGACGACACUGCUUGCCUUUGCAGCAAUGUCGACUUCCACAAUGCCAUUGACUCUUGUGCCAGCGGCGUCUGCCCCCCAGGUUACGGCCCUAACGUAGUGGCCGCUGCCAAUAACUUCUGCGCCGCCUUCACUGCGGCUCCCUCCCCUGCUCCUACCACAACUGAGGCGACUGAAGCGGUUGAACCCACUCCUGAGCCCACGCCUACUGAAGCUGCUGAGUUGACCUCGACUUCUGAGCAGGCCACAUCGAACGCUUCCAGCACGACGUUUGUGACUUCGACCUCUGUGAAUGUGGCCGUUGCUACCCAGAAGGCGACUGAAACAACCUCGAACGCUGUCCCCACUGCCACAGCCGAUGGCUCGGAAACCCCAGAUGACGAUGACAAUAAAUCUUCCAGCACCGCCGGUCUCACUCGUGCCGCUAAGGUUGGCAUUGGCGUCGGCGCUUGCGCUGCUUUCCUGGCCUUCCUGGGCUUGGCUGGCUUCUUCUACUUCCGCAGCCGCCGUGCGCCCGAGGAACCUGCAACUAACCUCCGCUACAAGAUCUCAGGCCCGAUGCCCAAUGCGGAGCAUCAGCAAACAUAUAACAUCCGCAACUCGGAAUACGACAUCGGCAAUGAGCUCGAGGCCAACAGCCGCCGCUACGAGGAUAUGCUGCCGCGCGAGAAGCCUCGUGAGAUGGUUUAG